AUGGGCCUGCCUCCUCGCCCGGCGAGGCGUUGGCUCGCCUUUGGGGCGGCGCUGUUGUUCCUCGAGGCAGCGCUCUGCCAGCCAGAAUGCCAGCCUGGAGCUCAUCAGAUCCUUCAUAGUCCAUAUAGAAGUGUUGCUUUUGAUUCAUCACAGCUUCAGCAAUCGGCAGUACAGGACUUAAUAUGUGAUCAUUCAUUGACAUCAGGAUGGUAUCGCUUUGUAAUUUUUGAUAAACCGGCUGAAAUGCCUACCAAGUGCGUGGAGGUGAAUCACUGUGGAACGCAAGCGCCUGUUUGGCUGUCUCUGGGAGAGUCUGAAUCCAUGCCUCAACCUGGUGAAAUCAAACACUUAACAGCCUGUGCAACUUGGCAAUUUUUCUUCAGCACUGCAGAAGAUUGCUGCCUUUUCCGAAUUCCUGUUAGCGUGAGGAACUGUGGAGAUUUCUUCAUAUACUUGCUCCAGCCUACGCAGGGGUGCAUGGGAUAUUGUGCAGAAGUGAUUUCAGUCGCAAAACUCCAUGACUGUCAAUCUGGGGAAGCUGGAACACAAACCAUCUGUAGCAGUAAAUUUCCUCCUCCGCAAUUGUUACUUCCAUCUCUACCCCCUCCAAGCAUACCGGAAAUUGUGGCAGAGUUAGUUGAAGACAGUGUUUUCUUAAGGUGCACCUUUGAUGUGCCUACUGCAAACACCUCGUUGGGCUUUGUUGUGGCUUGGUCCAGACUGUCUCCUGAAGGCAUCAAAGAAGAACUGAGACAAGAGACAACAGUUCAGACAUUCUCAGUUUUGGAACUGGAUGGUAUAAACCUCAGACUUGGAGACAGGAUUUACUGUAGCAGUUCUGCCUUUUUCUUAGAGAAACCAGAAAUGCAGAGCCCACUUACUGAGAGCGAGGAAUUUUUUGUAGGGAUCAAGCUGCAUCCUGAGGCAUUUACUAUAUCUGAAGAUGGAAAGCAAUACAGAUUGACAGCAGAAAGCAAAAUUCCCAUUCCUUGUCCUAAAGCAGGCCAGCUUGAAAGUGACUGCAAAAUCUCAUUAAAAUUAAGCACGAUAGAGGAAGGUAAAGAUCAACAGAGCUUAAACUUGGUACUUUCUUCUUGCCUUGUGGACCUCUUUCAGCAUCCCUGCCACAAUAAAACCUGUAGCCAGGCUAGUGUUCAUUUUGCUGCUGUGUCUGAUUUCGUUCAAGAUGGAGACACAGUAACCAGGAUUGUGGUGGACCCUAUCAUUAGUGACAGUUUUCUGUGGAAUAAUUACAUGCCAGAAAGCAUUCAGGUUACCGUGAAGGAUUUACCCUCUGCAUAUUGCUACUCUUUUACCGACCCACAUAUCAUUACAUUUGAUGGCAGAGCGUAUGACAAUUUUAAAACAGGAACGUUUGUGCUAUACAGAAGUAACUCCCGUGAUUUUGAAGUCCAUGUACGUCAGUGGGACUGUGGAAGCCUCUAUUACCCGGCAUCAUGCAAUUGUGGCUUCGUUGCCAGAGAAGGGGGUGAUAUAAUAGCGUUUGACAUGUGCAGUGGCCAGCUUCGUGACUCUCAUCCUCAUUUAUCCGUGAAGAGCAGAGACUCUGCAGACAGCUAUAUCAGGGUCACUGAAUCUUACCAAGGAAGGAAAGUCACGAUCUCAUUUUCUUCUGGAGCUUUCGUUCGAGCCGACGUGAGCGAAUGGGGAAUGAGUCUGACGCUCAGAGCCCCCAGCUCAGACUAUAAACACACGUUGGGACUUUGUGGAACAUUUGAUGGCAAUUCAGAGAACGAUUACCACGAUGCGGAUGGAACCGAACUCGCAGGAGGAACUGAUGCUUAUCUGACUUUUAUUAACGGAUGGAGAAUUGCACCAGGAGAGAGCCUCUUUGACAAAACACCGUCUCCUUUAACUUCAGCCAAGAAAACACUUUUCUGCAGUUGCACUGCGGUUGACGAGGGAGCAGAUGAGCCAGUGAACAAACUGAAGUCUUUUUCAGAAGCAGGAUUUGCUUUGCCUUGUAAAAGAACUGAGCAACAUGCUUGGCUUCCGUCUUUGAUCCCAGGGCUGGAUGUUACAGCUGAGUAUUUUAGCUCCGUUGAUCAUGUCAGGGGCUUAAGUAAGCGUGCCUCUGAGCUUGAAGAGGAUUCUUCCGCUCUUCUCUCAAGACAGGUACACUCGCUCAAUCAAACGGCAGUUCAGACAGCAUCUCCGAAGAACGUAUCCAUCUUUCCAUACUCGAAGAACGACACUAGAAUAGAUAAACAAGAUGUCCCGUUCUCCGUAGCCUACAACGACACUAACGUGUAUCAACAGCGGCGCAGAAGGCUACCAGUCAGAAACCGCCAGAAGCGGCAGCAUUAUUAUGAGUACCAUCCUGUAUUUCCAUCCCAGAGUCUCAGUCAAGCAGAUCUGGAUGGAUUUAGUUAUUUCUUCCCAGAGGAUCACACCGCUGACACAUACCAAGAGCCCCUGUCCUCGUGGCCCACGCCUUCUGGCCUCACUGAAUCUGAUGCAGGGGGUCUGUGCCAGGAGACCAUUGCUAAUUCCAGCCUAGGCAGAGCCUGCCGUGCUCUCCUUGGCCAUCAGGUAGAGAACGCUGUCCGCAUGUGUGUCAAGGAUGUGCAGCUGAAGGACGAUCUCAACUGGGCAAAGGCAUCUUUGGCUCUCUUGGAAAAUGAAUGUGAAAAGAGGGUUUGGGAAGAAAUUAAUUACAACCCAAAAGAAAACGAAGAGUUCAUUGAGGACUUGCUCUUGGCGUUGAAAUGUCCCAACCUCUGCAGCAAGAAAGGCCAGUGUGUCGAGUGGGGAUGUGCAUGUUUUGAGGGCUUCACCUCUUAUGACUGCAGUGUGUUGUCUGAUCAGGUGCCAGAAAUUGUAGAGCUAGAUAACGGAGGAUUGUGUGAUAUUCGGCAGUAUGACUGCACAAUUGUAAGAGCUUUUGGGCAUGGAUUUCGAGAGUCUCCUGGCCUGAGAUGUGAAAUUAACAAAUUGCAGUACAGUGGUAACAAAUGGGUGCUUGGAGAAUCUGAAUUUAUCAACGGUGACUUCCAUAACACCAGGACUGUUGAUUGCCAUCUGUCAGCUGAAGGACAACAUUUUGAUACUAUGGAUCUGGUAGAUGACAAACCAAUUGCAAGGUGGCAAAUCAAGAUUUCUAAUGAUGGGCUCACUUACAGCAACCCUAAAAUAGUGACUUUAUUCGAUAGUGCUUGUCAGUUAUGCAGUCCUCAAUUGGAUGGAUUGUGCAUGUUAAAGGAGAAAACAUGCACCAUAGAUGGACUUUGUUACGGCGAAGGUGACACAAAUCCUCUGAGCCCUUGCUUACUCUGCAGACCUGAAGUGUCAAAGUUAACUUGGUCAAUUGCUGAAAAUAACCAGCCUCCUGUAAUUCAAAAUCUUCAAGAAAGGCUGCAAACAUUUUAUGGGGAGAACUUCGUGUAUCAGUUCAUGGCCACAGACCCAGAAGGCUCGGCCAUUGCCUUUUCCCUAAAUUCUGGGCCCCCAGGUGCCAAUCUUUCUCCCGCUGGACUCUUGAUAUGGAAGGCAGUGUCAAAAAACACCCAGAAAUUUACUUUUUCUGUGACAGAUGACUGCAAUGCUGAAGCCAGAGGAACCAUAGAGGUCACCGUGAAACCGUGUGACUGUUUAAAUGGUGGGUCUUGUGUGACAAAUGUCAAUUUCCCCCCUGGAAGUGGGAAAUACAUUUGUGUCUGCUUGCCAGGGUUUGAGGGUGACCUUUGUCAAGUGAAUAUUGACGACUGCGCAUCCAGUCCGUGUGGCCUCGGCAGAUGUCUCGAUGGAAUAAAUAGCUUCCGCUGCGAAUGUGCGCCUGGACUGCAGGGCAGGCAUUGCCAAGGAGAUAUUGACGAGUGUGAAUCAAGGUCCUGCUUCCCUGGUGUAGUUUGCUUCAAUACUGCUGAUUCCUAUUAUUGUGGCCCAUGCCCAGAAGGCCUUUAUGGAGAUGGGAAAGAAUGCUAUGUAGAAAUCAAAUCAACAAGUGAAGCUUCUUCUCAUCCUUUGACUCCUGAAGAUGUUUACAGCAAAAAAGGUGACCAUAUUGAUCAAAGAUACACAGUUACUGGUACCCCUACCGAUGAAAAUACCUCUGGUUUCCUGCAGCAUUCCACUACGGCGUUUCCAAAUACUGCAAACUUUCCUUCUAAUCCUGCAGAUGUUCCCAACAGUUUUAUUCCCACAGAAAUAGCCAAGAGCACUCCAUCAGCUUCCAUAGCUCAGACAACUAUAUCUUCAAAGUUGCUCAUUUCGCAGAGAGCAGCUUUUAGAAAGCCUGUUAGGAGUGGAUUCAGUACCGCAAACAUCCAUUCUGGUAAUGCAGGCAAAGGCUCUGUGUCCAACUCUGUGCUUAAUGUGUCAUUUAGGAAUAAUGCAGAGUCUCCUGGGAGAAUGACAAAGACACCAGCUCAGGUAGUGAGAUCUUACUCUCCCUUAGAGGCCAGCGUCAUGCUGAGCAGCAAAGUGAACAUAAUCAAUGGGACAUUAGUAACAAACAAAGAACCAGAAGGAAGAAGUGAUGGCAAGCAUCAGAGCCCUUUUGGCAAGCAUAGAGACAACCUUGUGCUGUCCACCUUUGAUACAUUUGCUCUGCUACCCAAAGGGUCUGGGACAGGUCAAAAAUUAGACGCAACAGCAGUCCCACAGUUACUAACCUGCGCAGAUUUACCCUGUUUUCCUGGUGUUCCUUGUGAAUCAAAUGAAGAGGGGAGCUUCAGAUGUGGCCGUUGCCCUUUUGGCUAUUUUGGAGACGGUAUCAUUUGUAUAGCAAUAUGCAGGCAUACAUGUGGUAAAAACAUGAAAUGUGUGGCACCCAAUACCUGCCGAUGCAAAUCUGGAUACUCGGGCCAUGGUUGUCAGGUUGCUGUUUGUCAACCAGAGUGUAAAAACCAUGGGAAAUGUGUCAAGCCUAAUGUAUGCGAAUGUCUCCCAGGAUUCAGUGGUUCCAUCUGUGAUGAAGCACGUUGUGAUCCACCUUGCCAACAUGGAGGGACGUGUCUGGCUAAAAACCUCUGCACUUGCCCAUAUGGUUUUGUAGGUCCACGAUGUGAAACAAUGGUAUGCAACAGGCACUGUGAAAAUGGCGGUGAAUGUCUUACUCCAGAUGUCUGCCAGUGCAGAGUUGGCUGGUAUGGACCCACAUGUAGUACAGCGGUGUGUGACCCAGUAUGCCUCAAUGGUGGAUCGUGCGUUAAACCAAAUACUUGUCUUUGCCCCAAAGGAUUUUUUGGUGCCUAUUGUCAAAAUGCUAUCUGCAGCCCUUCUUGUAAGAAUGGGGGUCACUGUAUGAGAAAUAAUGUUUGCACUUGUCCCGAUGGCUACAUUGGCAGGAGAUGUGAAAAAAGUAUCUGUGACCCAGUGUGUGUGAACGGAGGGAGAUGCGUGGGCCCAAAUGUUUGUUCUUGCCCUUCAGGAUGGAGGGGCAAAAGAUGCAACACUCCUAUAUGCCUUCAGAAGUGCAAGAAUGGAGGAGAAUGUAUUGGGCCAAGUACUUGCCAUUGCCCUCAAGAAUGGGAAGGAAUUCACUGCCAAACACCUGUGUGCAACAGGAAAUGUCUGUAUGGAGGGACGUGCAUACGGCCUAAUGUAUGCUCUUGCCGUCCUGGUUACGCUGGAGUCAUCUGUGGGAAAAAAAUCCGGGUACAACAAUAUCACGCUUGAAGAACCAU